CUGUUUAUCACGUGGUCACAUGCAUACAAAUUAAAAAGGGGUGAAAUUCCCGUAAAUUUAACCACGUGUCAAAGCUCAUUCGUGGUUCACAGUGUAUCCUGAUCUUCACGGACAUCAGAGUGCGUAUGGGGAUUUUGGUUCAACCUCAAAAACUGGAUAAACAAUGAAAUGAGUGAGCAAACUCCGCCCCUCCUUGUGGCCUUAGUCUCAGGGGCUCUGGCUGGGACCGUAGUUGAUGCCUCCCUCUUCCCCUUGGACACAAUCAAGACACGCCUACAGAGCUCAGCUGGAUUUCUCAAGGCUGGUGGAUUCCGUGGGAUUUACUCUGGCCUCGGCCCAGCGGUCCUAGGUUCAGCGCCAACAGCCGGCGUGUUCUUUUGCACCUAUGAGUUCACUAAACAGCUAAGUUCAUCGCUUGGGUUGACUGGUAGCUCUUGCGAACCGAUCACACACAUGAUUGCAGCAUCAUUGGGCGAGGUCACUGCCUGCUUCGUCCGAGUACCAGUCGAGGUGGUGAAGCAACGGGCCCAGGCUAGUCGAAACGCCAGCGUUAGUAUUCUCAAAUCGGUCUUGCGGAAUGAAGGCGUGAGAGGGUUGUACCGUGGCUACCUCAGCACCGUCGUCCGUGAAGUUCCAUUCUCCAUCAUCCAGUUCCCAUUGUGGGAGAUGCUCAAACUGAGAUGGGGACAGCGGCAAGGGAGACCUGUGGAUGCUUGGCAGUCGGCCGUGUGCGGAGCGCUGGCCGGUGGCAUCUCUGCUGGGCUGACGACUCCACUGGAUGUGGCCAAAACAAGAAUCAUGCUGGCUGCCAAAGACAGUGCGACGGCCAAAGGGAACAUCGCCAGUGUGUUGAAAGACAUCAAGAGGACCAGUGGAGUGCGUGGACUGUUUGCCGGGGUCGUCCCGAGAGUUUUGUGGAUCAGCAUUGGGGGAGCCAUAUUUUUGGGUGUUUAUGAAAAGGCCAAGAUAUCACUGCUGAAACUAGAAUCUUAUGAGAAGAGUCCAACAACAAGUUGAUAUAGAAUUAUGUUAAGUUACAAAAUAAACGUUCGAGGCAUCUUUCUUUCAUUGACAAUGGAACAAUUUUCCCAGACUUACAAACUUUGUCAUUUGCUGUAGAAGUGAUACUGAACAUUUGUUAAUUUAAAAACUAAUUAUUUAAACGUAAUUUAGGAUUAGUGAUUAUGAGGUCACAUUGUGAAACCCUGCUUUGUAGCAAGUGAGAAUUUCCUGGUGUACAAAGUUACAAACGACACGGAUGUCUGCACUUGUACUUUUUCAGCUAUGAAAUCCACAACAGAUGUUAAUUGGGCCUGGGCCGACUGAAAGAAUUGAAAUAAAGAGUGCUGCUAAUGUGACAUAA